CCAAAAGGCCGGUGUCAAUUCUGCAACGUUUCAUGCGCGAGCGCGCCGACAAGGACGGACAGCGGCGGCUGAGCAAACCCAGUGAGCUUGACGCGAUUGGUGCCGGCUGCUGCCUUUACGCCGUGUGCAUUGCGAGUGCCCACGCUCUCUUGCACGAUUCGGUGCCACUUCGCCUCGCGGCGCCAGAGACGAACCCGCUGGUGACAGCUGGCAUCCUCCUCGGCUGUGCCCUCCUCCAUUUCUAUGGUCUUUGCCAGCUCGCCCACACACGGAGCAGCCUCAACGGGAUCAUUUCGCGCAUGCGCUCGAUGCGGCAGCUACCGACCUCGCGGCACACUCGCAGCCAAGUGUCGUCUCGGGCCGCGGUCGUGCCACGGUUCCAAGACCCGACCGACGACGUCCACGACUGGCACGUCGUGCGACACGAGAUCGCUGCUGGCUUGGCUGCCCAUGGGCACCCUGGCGCCCGACGAAGUCUCCACGUCCAGCAUCUGCACGUCAAGUUGACAGCCGUGACGGUGGCAAUGACCGCCGACAAGUACUUUAAACGGUUUUUGGGGAGUAAGGGGCUCUUUAGCCAGAAAGGCGCGCUCUACGAACUUCGGCUGCUCGCGCGCGAAGUUGUGAUCGUGCCGAUCCAGUUUCUGCGCGGGUACAAGCUCAGCUGCCAGGUCGAGUCGGCUUGGGUCGUCGUCUACGGCGUCGUGCUGACCCUGCAGUGGCUCGUCGUGCCCCCGCUCUUGGCGUGGAAUUUCUACGCAGUGCAUGUGUCUGGGGACAAGCGUGACCAGAUCCAAGCGGGUCGCAUCCGCAUCUCGCUUGUACUGCUGGCCUUUGACCUCGUGCUUGGCGUGGCCAUUCCCGUGCUGCUUUUUGUACCGAGUGUGCUCCAUUUGCGGCGCGGCGAUGUGGCAGACGCGCCAACCAUCGAGCACGUGCACGACCUCUCGGUCGUUCGCGCCCUUGCCAUAGGGUCGGUACUCGAUCUUAUCUCGGCCACGGUCACGCUCGGAGUGAUCUAUUGGACGCUGCAGAGCGUCUGCGCCGUCCGCCGACGCGCGUUCUUGAAGGAAAACAUUACGGUCGCCGCCAAGCUGCCAUCGUCGACACGGUCCCGUCGCUCGGCGCACGUCAAGUCGCGCAUGAGCAAGACGUCCGUGGCUCCUGCACUUAGCAAAGCAUCUGUCUCGCCCACGAUCAACGACCUCCCAGCCUUUCUCGCCUUCGCCAAGCAAGAAGUGCGAGCACACGCCCGUCGUCACUGUCUCUUUCAAGUCACGCUGGUGUUCUCGACGCUACUUGCCGCAGCACUUCUUUUGGUGGUCCUGCGCGCGGCACUGCCGUGUGAAAUGCCACCCACUUCGAGGAUGACCUGCGCAAGCUUUGUCCGGCCGUGGCAUGUCCAACCUCUCUUUUCGCAGCGGUGCGAGUGCAAGUUUCUCACGGCCACCUGCGCCCUGCAGGAGCGGGAUACCGUCAGCGACUACUUGCUCUCGCGCGCCGCGCAGUCGAUGAAUGCGCUCUCGCUGACCAACUGCACGCAGCAGCACGCGUCCGUCAUCGUCUCGGGCGCCGAGCAGCUUCGGUCGCUUUGGUAUCUCUCGCUCGUCCGCUGCCGCAACGACGCGGACGCAAUAUCGUUGCAUUUAUCCCGCUUUCCCAACCUCUUGUACCUCGGGCUGCAUGACAGCGUCUUCACAACGCUUCCGUUAACGCUGCGCGAUCUCCCGCCACUCGUCUCGACCUUGGAUCUCUCCACGACCGACUGGAGCCGCAUCGAGUGGCCAGCGUGGGUAGCCUCUGCGUGGACCAAUCUGCGGCGAGUGCGCCUCUCUGCUUGUCAUUUGCCGUCACUGCCGUCGCCACUGCUACACCUCUCCAGCCUCGUCAUGCUCGACGUCUCGUUCAACCAGAUCGACGCGAUGCCGCUCCUCAAUGCGACCACAUGGCCACGCUUGAUGCGACUCGACCUCGGCCACAACGCGCUCGCGACGGCUCCGCUCGGUGUAUGGUCGCUUCCGCAACUCGAGUCGCUGAUUUUGUCCAACAACGCACUCGGUCUGUGCCCACGCCCCGCUCGCUACCAGCAGCAACUCGUACUCACGGGCAACCCGUGCUGCGUCAAGGCGGCGUCUCCAUUUUGCUAA